AGGAGAGUAAUGAAUAGUAUACUGAUUUUUGCAGUCGUGUAAUUGCAUCUAGGAAAGUGCCGGGGUUGACCGAAAGAAAGACAAAUCAGUUAAUUGUCAACCGACUCAAUUUUCCAUGACAGGACGUUAUGCAAGGGUCACUCAAAUCAAUUGAUUAAUCAAACGACACUUUACAGACACCUGGCAGCAAUGAAAAUUUCAAUACCCUCAUCGUUCAUUGUGAUUACAAUAACCUGUGUAUUUUCUAUGAUGAUAGUCAAAUUCUAUCUUAUCAACGGUGAUGACAUAAACAACAUUCCAGCUGAAAUUGGGAAAAACUGGGACAGGUUUUUCCCUUUCUCGGAAGACAAGAAACUUGCAGUUCAUGCACAAGCAUUCAAUGUUUCUGUUUUGCGACAGAACCCCAAUAAAUCAUUUGACUACAAAAAAUCCAUGGCAGCUUUAAACAGUGCUCAAGUGGACCAUACAGACCCUCGUUUGGUGGAACUAAUAAGAAAUUAUUAUAUAGAGCCACCAUCUUUGGAGCCAUACAAGCUGGACAAUCCUAACAAACUUGAAUAUUCCAACGGGCAAACUCCCUUCGUCGAUAGUAGACUCAACUACAUGGAAGGUGGAUUUUAUGUCGAAUGUGGAGGACUUGAUGGCGAAAAAGGAUCAAAUACUCUUUUCUUUGAGAAAGUAAGGAAAUGGAACGGACUUUUGAUCGAGGGCGAUCCGUCAAAUUACGCCAUGUUGAAGUCUAAACACAGAAAGGCAUUCACUUUGAACGCAUGCCUAUAUCCUUACACUUUUCCCGCUCUGGUGAAUUUUCAUAAGGCUUUCAACUUGGGCCGGAUCAUGCACGCUGCGUCAGUUAGCGCUUGGAACAAACGUAACCGCGCCACGGCUGACCCGGCAGAGGUGCAGUGCUUCCCAAUCUAUUCCAUACUUCUGGCCAUCAACCGGACGACGGUCGACUUUUUCAGCCUUGACAUCGAGGGAGACGAACUAGGAGUUCUGAAGACGAUACCAUUUGAUAAAGUUGAUAUAAAAAUGUUAGCAGUAGAAUAUAUCCAUGAACGAGGCGGACCUUUUGGUUUGCAACGCUUUAUGGAAAAGAACGGAUACGAAACAAUACUCAAAGUAUCACGUGACGAUGGAGGUGUCAAUGACCUUAUCUUCAGGAAAAAAGGACUCGCCCACUAAUGAAUACACAAGGCCUAUUCAGGGAGUCGCUGCUAUUUUUUGUUCUUGACAAACUGGGCAAUCACCAAGAGAGUGCUGACAAAUUGUUUUCGUAAAAAGUAGGUCCUCCGUACAUGUUCCGUACUUGCUUUCACUGCCUUCAACGAAAUAUAUGCCGAUGAAAUCCGUUAUUAUGUAAGGACUUUCAAAUCAUACGAAAACAUGCGACAUUUUUAAAGGCUGGAAAGUGAAUGGUCAGAAGAUUUAUUUCAUUUCGAGGUGAUUAUCAAUUAAUUAAAUUGUUGAAAAAACAUGUUUUCUCUCAAAAGUUACUCUAUACCGUCAAACUUGUCAUAUUAAAAGGAAGAAUGACGGCAUUUGGCCUUAAAUUUUACUUGUGUAUAUAAACUACAAAUGUACUAAUUUAGAAACAAAUCUUAAUUCAUUUUGACUUUACUAGUUACACAAACAAAUAAGGUUCAGGAUUAGGUCCGAUAAUAUGGUGUAGGGACGUUGGACAUAACAAGCCAACAUUCGAUUAUAGUUGCAUUGGGGUUUAUUUCAGUUGAAAAAAAAGAACAAGAAUUAUCUGGUGCUGUAAUGUAUCCUUGGACAGUAGCAUGGACCCUUCGAGAAUGCUUGCUAAUUCCUUCUAAAACAGUCGUUUUAAAAGGAAAGCCAGUGCACUGUGCUCAUUGUUUGAAGAGUUAUUUACAAUUCAAAAGGUAGCAUUAGAUUCACAAGAAAGUAGAUCGAAGUAUAAACUUAGGCGUUUGUAGCCAAAUGAAUACGAACGAUACAGUCUGUUAAGCUGAAAUCAGCUCCGGGACUUCCUUACUUCAAUAAUCCAUAAUACUUUUGAUUGGCAAUGUCUUCAAAUAAUAAGUAUGUCCCACUUUUAAAAUUGGUAAGUAAGUGGAAUGACUAGCAUCAUCCUAGCCAAUUAAAAUGAAGAGAUCUUGAACUGAAAACAGAUGAAAACGACCAAGAAUAUUUGGAAUUCAAUGAAAGAUCGACUAAAACCCGUGGAGGAAAUUCUACUCACCAAAGAUCGCUUAAUCCAAAACUUUUUGCAAAUCCACAGAAUUUAUCCAGGUGUCCAAUCGAAUCUUAUAAACUUUACGCAAAACACAGACCAGUUGAAAUGAACACUGGCGAAUCCCCUUUCUAUCUUGCUGUUAACCACAACGAGAACGGUAAAAAGUGGUUCAAAAAUCAGCCAGUUGGGGAAAAUAAACUUUCCGUAAUGAUAGAUGAAAACAAUGGCUAAUAAUGCUGGUCUUGUUGGAAAAAAGACCAACCAAUCUCUCCGAAAAACUCAUUCUGGCGUUGCACCGACGACGAUCAUGCAGUUGAGUGGCCAUAAAAAUGUAAACAGUGUGAACAAUAACGCAGUUGCGUCUAUGGAUCAGCAGCGUGAAAUGUGUGAACUUUUACGAAAUGUCCCCAAAACAUCUUUGUCAUCAAAGUGUACAUCAUCAACACUGUCUCGCCGUGACGUAGUAGGUUCCAAAGAGAUCGCACCUGUUCAAAAUUCUACGGUCCCACGGUCAUCCGGAGACUGUCAAAAUCUUGCUACUGGGAUGUUUUCUGGAGCGAAUAUUACUGGCGGCACAUUUAACAUUUCCUUUCAAAUAUCGUCGCAAUCUACAUCCUAUCAUAUAACUUCGCCACCGAAGAAAUACCGACGAAUCCUUCCAAUAACUGAUUCAGAUGAUGACAACUCUGUGUGACAUGUGAACUGAGUGUGAAUGAAAUCUGCACGUGCUGUGACGUUGCGACUAGAAGUUAGGAGAUUUUUUUUUCGGUGUUAUGAAUAUCUUCUUUUAAUUUUAAUUUUAAGCUAUGUACAAAUAAUUAAAUAAACCAGUCUCUAUACAAAUUACUCCUUAAAAUCGUCAACAUUUGAUUAAAAUAGUUAUUUAAUGCCGAAAGACGGAACGGACAGUCAGGAGAAUUUAGUGAGGAGAAUUUGAACUCGGUACUGAAGAUAUUGAACAUUUUAUUAUAAUUUCACGUCUCAAAAUGACAUUGUUAAUAAAUGAUUUCCUCCGAUA